AAAGCCCAGGUUUGUUUUCCAUGGGUGCAAAGUAUGUUUAAGUGCAUUAACCGAACGGCCCAGUUGACCAGAUAUCUCCUGUCAGUGAACAACACUCUCGCUGUUUACCAAGAUUUAAGGUUUGUGUCAUCCUUGCCCCUCAGAAUGACCAACCCAGCUGUGAGCAGGGUGGUGGGUGACAUUAUUCGCUCUCCUGAAGACAAAAGGGAAUACAGGGGCCUUGAGUUUACCAAUGGCUUGAAGGCAAUGCUUAUUAGUGAUCCAACAACAGACAAAUCCUCGGCUGCUUUGGAUGUCCACAUAGGUUCAUUAUCGGACCCGAGUAACAUCUCAGGUCUUGCGCACUUUUGUGAACACAUGCUGUUCCUGGGAACACAGAAAUAUCCCAAGGAGAAUGAGUACAGCCAGUUCCUCAGUGAGCAUGCAGGCAGCUCCAAUGCCUUUACCAGUGGAGAGCAUACAAACUACUACUUUGAUGUAUCCCAUGAACACUUGCAAGGAGCACUCGAUAGGUUUGCCCAGUUCUUCCUAUGCCCGUUGUUUGAUGAGAGCUGUAAGGACCGGGAGGUAAAUGCUGUGGACUCUGAGCAUGAAAAGAACCUCAUGAAUGAUGCCUGGAGGCUGUUUCAGUUGGAGAAGGCCACUGGCAACCCCAACCACCCCUUCAGUAAAUUUGGAACAGGUAACAAGUUAACCCUUGAGACCAGACCGUCUAGAGAUGGCAUUGACAUCCGCCAGGAGCUUCUGACAUUUCACUCCACAUAUUACUCCUCAAACCUUAUGGGACUCUGUGUAUUAGGAAGAGAAUCACUAGAUGAGUUGACAUCCAUGGUGAUUCAGCUGUUUGGAGAAGUGGAGAACAAGAAUGUGCCUAUCCCAGAAUUCCCUGAGCAUCCUUUUCAAGAAGAGCACCUCAGACAAUUCUACAAAGUGGUCCCUAUCAAAGACAUCAGGAACCUGUAUGUGACUUUCCCAAUCCCAGACCUCCAGAAAUACUACAAAUCCAACCCAGGACAUUAUCUUGGACAUCUCAUAGGUCAUGAAGGACCUGGAAGUUUGUUAUCUGAGCUGAAAUCUAAAGGGUGGGUCAACACACUUGUCGGAGGGCAAAAAGAAGGAGCCAGAGGAUUCAUGUUCUUCAUCAUUAACGUGGACUUAACAGAGGAGGGCCUUUUGCACGUCGAGGACAUAAUCUUCCACAUGUUCCAGUACAUCCAGAAACUGAGGACAGAGGGACCUCAGGAGUGGGUGUUUGAAGAGUGCAAGGAUUUAAACAAAGUGGCCUUCAGGUUCAAGGACAAGGAGAGACCUCGUGGAUAUACUUCCAAAGUGGCUGGUUUACUACAUUACUACCCAAUUGAAGAGGUGCUAGCAGCAGAGUACCUUUUGGAAGACUUCAGGCCAGAUCUGAUUGAGAUGGUUCUGGAUAAACUGAGACCAGAGCAAGUCAGAGUUGCAGUGGUGUCAAAGUCAUUUGAGGGGCAAACAGACCAGACGGAGGAAUGGUACGGUACGCAGUAUAAACAGGAAGCCAUCUCUGAGGCCACCAUCCAGAAAUGGGCGAAUGCAGACCUCAACGGCAAGUUCAAGUUGCCCAUGAGAAAUGAGUUUAUCCCCACCAACUUUGAGAUCUACCCACUUGAGAAAGACUCUCCGCCCAUCCCCACUCUAAUCAAGGACACCGCUAUGAGCAAAGUGUGGUUCAAACAGGAUGAUAAGUUCUUCCUGCCCAAAGCCUGCCUGAACUUUGAGUUCUUCAGCCCGUUUGCGUAUGUGGAUCCAUUGCAUUGUAACAUGGCAUAUUUAUACCUGGAGCUCCUCAAGGACUCCCUCAACGAGUAUGCAUAUGCAGCCGAGCUAGCUGGCUUGAACUAUGACCUCCAAAAUACCGUCUAUGGGAUGUAUCUCUCUGUAAAAGGUUACAGUGACAAACAGCACAUCCUGCUAAAGAAGAUCAUCGAGAAGAUGGCCACCUUUGAGAUCGAUGAGAAGCGCUUUGACAUCAUCAAGGAGGCGUACAUGAGGUCUUUGAACAACUUCAGAGCUGAGCAGCCCCACCAGCACGCCAUGUACUACCUCCGUCUGCUAAUGACAGAGGUCGCAUGGACCAAAGAUGAGCUUAGAGAGGCUCUGGAUGAUGUAACUCUCCCACGCCUCAAGGCCUUCAUACCUCAGCUAUUGUCACGGUUACAUAUUGAGGCUCUUCUCCAUGGCAACAUCACCAAGGAGUCUGCUCUGGGCAUGAUGCAAAUGGUGGAGGACACGCUCAUUGAACACGCUCACACGAAGCCCCUCCUCCCAAGCCAGCUGAUUCGCUACCGAGAGGUGCAGGUUCCAGACGGUGGCUGGUAUGUUUACCAGCAGAGGAACGAGGUGCACAACAACUGUGGGAUUGAGAUCUACUACCAGACAGACAUGCAGACCACCCACGACAACAUGCUGCUGGAGCUGUUCUGUCAGAUCAUCUCCGAGCCCUGUUUCAACACACUGAGAACCAAAGAACAGCUGGGCUACAUCGUGUUCAGCGGUCCCCGACGGGCCAACGGAGUCCAAGGCCUUCGCUUCAUCAUCCAGUCGGAGAAGGCGCCCCACUACCUGGAGAGUCGCGUGGAGGCGUUCCUCUGCACCAUGGAAAAGGCCGUGGAGGACAUGAGCGACGAGGCCUUCCAGAAACACAUCCAGGCUCUGGCCAUCCGCCGCCUGGACAAGCCCAAGAAGCUGUCUGCGGAGUGUGCCAAGUACUGGGGGGAGAUCAUCUCUCAGCAGUAUAAUUUUGACAGAGAUAACAUUGAGGUGGCCUAUCUGAAGACUCUGACAAAAGAGAACAUAAUGGACUUCUACAGAGAGCGGCUGACGGUGGAAGCCCCGAAGAGACACAAGGUUUCUGUGCACGUCCUGUCCAGAGAGAUGGACUCCUGUCCCAUCGUGGGCGAGUUCCCAGCUCAGAACGAUGUCAACCUGGCCCCCGCUCCGUCCCUGCCUCAGCCCACUCUGGUGCAGGACAUGACUGAAUUCAAGAGGAGCCUCCCUCUGUUCCCGCUGGCCAAGCCUCACAUCAACUUCAUGGCCGCCAAACUGUGAGCGAGGCCGAGCGCUCGACAACUCAGCAGCGCGGGAGGGGAGGCGGCCGAUGGCGAGGGACUCCGCCUCCUCUUCCCCCUCCAUCUCCUCCUCCUCCUCCUCCUCCCCCUCCUCAGAAAGACUUUGAUCAGACUGAGCCUGCAUGUGUGUGAGCGUUUGCGCGAGUGCAUGUGGAUGCGUGUGUGCACGUGCGGCAGGCCGAAGACAAAAAACGCGCGUUAAUCGAAUCACCAAGUUUAGCCGUGGUCGUGGACGUAGCUGUGGUAACGGUAGAGGUCACACCAGACUCAUGUAGACGUCUCCGAACGAACGGAGAUCCGACGCUCACGCAUCACCACACCGCCGUUCGGGAAAUCCACUCACAAACAGACGAGGGUCACGUCCCUUUAAACCAAUAGAAUUCAGAAGCGUUUUAUCGACUUAUCCAGAGACGCUGCUUUGAGAAUGAAUAGCGAGUUUCUUCUAAUGCACUGGAGGCCUGUUGGAAAUGAAAACAGUAGCUCCAUGAAGGUGUUUUUUUGUUUUUUUGUCUUUCUUGACAUGUCGGACUUUUAGAUCUUUGCUGUGUAUCACGACUCAAAUAUUUUACUCAAACAUAUGCAUUCGUGAAGGAUCAUCUGCCUUACGAUUCAGUUUUAACAUCCGCGGGUUUUGGAAAUAUUAGUUGUUUUUUUUUUUGUCUUUUUUUUUUUUUGCGUUAAACUGGUAAAAUGUUGGGACCCUUUGAGGAGCUGAUUUUUAAGUGACUAAUCACACACCACCAUGUUUUUAAGCGUUUUAUUUGACUGCGUUUUUACACCAGUAUCUUUCAGACAUCUCAGGGGUACCUCCAUGCUGUUUUUUUUUUUUUUAUUAUUAUUAUUAUUUUUAUUAGUGAUUUGAUUGAAAAUAAAAACACUUCCUGGUGUCAUUA